AUGUGUGAAGUUACGGAAAAUACGUCAGUGCCAACAUCAGACAUCAAGUCUCAUCCUGAGGACAAAAAUAACAACAAGGCGUCUUCCUUGUUCUCGAAUUCCAACAAGAAGAUUCCCAUAGUGGAGUUGACUCUCGAGGAAGUUUCCUACGAACCAGUGACAUCCACUCUAUCUGAGAAGCAAAUCAAAACCAAAGAUGAAGUCAAUCGAACAACGGUUUUGGACAAAGUUACUACCAAGAUUUCCCCCUACAAACUGACGGCAUGGAUGGGUCCAUCGGGAAGUGGAAAGACAUCCUUAGUGUCAGUUGUCGCUGGAUUGGUGGACCCAUCUUCUAUUACUGGUGGAUCCAUUAUGGUAAAUGGAGAAGAAGGACGGUUACCAAAGAAACUAGUUGGUGUGGUAUGGCAAGAUGAUCUUUUACUAAGCAACCUGACGGUGGAAGAGACAAUUUACUUCGCGGCUCGACUGAAAUCUCCAGCCGAAAUGUCGGAAGCGGACGUCCAACUCGUGGUGGAAGAAACAAUGAAGGAGCUUGGACUCUUGCACAUUCGUCACAAUUUAAUCGGUUCGCCAGUUUCGAAUCAACGAGGUAUUAGUGGAGGGGAACGCAAACGUACCGCUGUGGCAUCGGAAUUGGUCAUCCGACCAUCCCUGUUGCUGUUGGACGAACCCACAUCCGGGCUGGAUGCAACCACAGCCAUGUCACUCAUGUCCACCUUGAAGGGUUUGGCUAGCUUGGGACACGCCAUUGCGGUUGUCAUUCAUCAGCCUCGUACUGAUAUCUUCCGAAUGCUCGAUCAUUUGCUUCUAUUGAGCAAAGGUCAUGUCGUUUAUGAUGGCCAAGCAUGUGCUGCUAGAUCCUACUUGGAGAGCUGUCCCGGCAUAGAACCUCUCCCAGUUGAAACUGGUAUUGCCGAUUGGAUUUCUGAUACCAUCAUUGCGGAUGAAAGAAAUUCGCUUCAGAAAGACGGAACCAUGAAGAUUGGAAAGUUGGCGGAACAUUGGGCAACCGCUCAAUUCGAGGCUGCAUAUGAUGUGGACGACUGUGCGAAUGAUAGUGCGAGCAAUGGAAAGGACAUCAAUAGUGGCAAGGAAUUACGACGCGAAAUGUCCACCUUGACCGACCUGCACAAUACUACCGUGAAAUUUGAGGCAGGCUUUGCGAUGCAACUCAGGCUAUUGGCACAACGAACUAUCAAACAACGCCGGAUGGAAAAAAUUACACGAGUCUCUGUCCUCUUGACGCUCACUUACCUCUUCUUCACGGCUCUCUUUUGGUGGAGACUUCCCGAUACCACUGCGUAUAUCUUUGAACGCAAUUCAUUACUCUUCUUCAUUUUAAUUGCCCAAGGAAACAGUAUUGUCACUGGUAGUAUUACUGUCUUUCAAAGAGAUCGUGCACUCUUGCACCGGGAUCGGGCAAAGAAGAUGUAUGGUGUUCUACCUUACUUUCUGGCAAAGACUGCCAGUGAUAUGACCAACAACAUUGUACUUCCAUUCUGUUACGGAGCCGUAGUUUACUGGACUUGUGGACUUCGAACGGGAGUUGCCCCGUUUCUAAAGUAUCUUCUGGCGUAUUACCUGACCUUGAGCAGUGCGCAAAGCAUGGGAUUGUUUAUGGGAAUUUUGAUCCCGCACAUGGGCAUGGCGUUACUACUGGCACCUGCUGUAACACUAUUUCAAUUCAUUCUGGGUGGUUUCUACAUUCCUCUCGCCAACCUGCAUGUUGGCAUUCAAUGGGCCAGUUACAUAAGCUUCGCGAGAUAUGGCUAUGCUGCCCUUAUGGUGAACGAGUUUGACGGACGGGUUAUACCAUGCGCGGUCGACAGCGAAGUUCCCAUUGCCAUUGGGGGUUCUUCGGAAUGCCCGUUGCCAGGAGAAUUGGUAUACGAGAGUGUUGGAAUUCAAGAUAUCUUUGCUAAUUACUGGUUCAAUGUUGGGGUCUUGGUUCUGUUCCAAAUCUUCUUCUUGAUUGGAGCUUAUGCUAUGUUGCGCCGAUCUAAGUAA